UGGAAACUGAACUAUUGGGAAAAAUAAAUGAGUUAAAAUAUGAACUUAACCUAAGUACCAAAAAAGGGACUUUACUAGAGGCACAAGCGGAAGUAAGUAAAAAUAAUAAUCAAUUUGCUUCUCGGCAAUUAGUUAAGGCUAAAGAGAAAUUGAGUGGAACUUUAACUAAAAAAGAGAUGGAUAAUAUUUGCAGAAAACAGGCUCAACUUGCUUAUAUAGAAAUGCAACUACAAGAACAGAAUUUAGAAGCAAAAAUUGAAAUUAUUUCUAAAAAUUAA